AUGGCCACGGCAAUGGAUGACAAGAAUUUAAGAGAAAAUGUUCUUAGUACAACGACUGGAAUUAUGUCAACAUCAUUAUCAAAAAAAAAUGAUAAUGAUGAUGUACCAGAUUAUAAUGAAGCAUUUCCACAGUUAAUAUCUGCUGGCAAUGUUGAUAUUAAUCGUUCGAAUACAUUUUUCUCAUCAUCAUUUCCAUCAUCGUCAUCAAAUGGAAAUAAUCCAACAGGUGCCAUGGCUAAUACCACAACAUCAUUAUAUUCAACAACAAAAAAUGAUGAAGAACGACGACGUAAAAUGGCUAUUCAUGCAUCAUCGGUCACAACUAAAAUUAUUGAAAUUCCUCCCGAUGAACGUGCAUUAGAUAAUUCUCGUCGUACAGGUGGUAAUCAAUCAUCACGUAAUACUGGUGCUACUAAUAAUGGACAACCAUUACAAAAACUUUGUGCUCGAAUUCAAAAAGAAACAUCUACAACUAUAACAUUGCUUCAUAAAGAUCAAACAUUAAUAGUGACAAUAACAGGUCGACCUGAAAAUGUACGUGCAGCACAAAUACAAAUUCUUCGUGAAAUUCAAAGGCCUGUUCAAUUACCCGUUAAUAUCCCAUUAGAUUUUCAUCGUUUUAUAAUUGGCCCGCGUGGUGCAACAUUAAAACUUUUAGAGCAAGAAACAUUAACACGUAUAACUGUACCACCACAAGAUAGUCAAUCAAAUGCAAUAAUUGUAAAAGGUGCAAAAGAUAAUGUUAAAUUAUGUGAACAACGAAUUCUUGAUUUAUAUCAUACACAAUUAAAUAAAGGUUUUGAACGUUUAUCAAUACCAUAUUUAUAUCAUCCAUGGAUACGAAAUUUACUUGUUGAUGAUUUACAUCAACAAUUAAAUGUAACUAUUGAUUUACCACCACCAAUUAAACAAACAGAUGAAAUAACAAUACGUGGUGAACGUGAACCAGUUGAACAAGCUAAAGAAAAAAUUAUGCAAUUUUAUAAAAAUUUGGAAGGAAAAAUAAUGACAUUUCCACUUGAAAUACCUUGUGAACAACAUCGUUUUAUAUUAGGUAAAAAAGGUGCUGGUUUAAAAGAAAUUUUCGAUAAAACAAAUGUUAUUGUUCGUAUACCAAAUCAAGAAGAACAUUCAACAACAAUUCAAGUUAUGGGUGAAACAGCUAAAAUUGGUGAAGCUAUUACAAUGAUUUAUAAAAUGGCUAAUUCAUUAACUGCUGUACAAGUCGAUGCACCACGUUGGAUGCAUAGUACAGUUAGAGGUGAACGUAAUAAUGAUAUUGAAAAUUUACGAAAAACAUAUCCAAAUGUACGAAUAAUAUUUCGUGAGGAUCAUAUUUCAUUAGAAGGUCCACCAGAAGAAGUUGAGCAUGUACGAAAUCAAAUACAAAUAGUUAUUAAUGAAUUUAAAACUAAAAAUACAACAUAUGCAGAAAUGGAAAUUGAUCCACAAUAUUAUAAACAAUUAAUUGGAAAAAAUCAAAUACGUUUACUUGAAUUGCAAGAACAAUCAGGAUGUGAUAUUAAAUUUCCAUUUGAUGAAGAUCGACUUGUUAAAUUAAUGGGUACAAAAGAAAAUGUAGAAAAAGCAAAACAAUUAUUAAUAGAACGAGUUAAAAAAUUGGCAAAUGAACGUACAACUGAUUUAAGUAUUGAUCCUCAAUAUUAUCCACAAAUAAUUGGUUCCAAAGGUAAAAAUUUAGAAGAAGUUCGUUCAAAAUUUAAUAAUAUUCAAAUAACAUUUCCUGAAGCUAAUGGUAAAAGUGAUAAAGUUAUAUUACAUGGUGAUAAAGAUGAUGUUGAAAAAUGUUCAAAAUUUUUACAACAAAAAGUCAAAGAUCUUUAUUCAAUAGAAAUUGAAGUACCAAAACGUAUAUAUCCAAUGUUAAUUGGUAAAGGUGGUGCAAAUAUUCAACGUUUACGUGAAAAAAUUCCUGAUGUUCGACUUGAUGUACCAUCAAUGGAUGAUAAUAAAGAUUCAACACAUAUACGUUUAAAUGGUAAAAAAAAUGAUGUUGAUAAAGCACGAAAAGUUCUUGAGGAACAUGUUAAUCAAUUAAAUGUAUCAAUUGAAAAUUCCAUUGAACAAUAUAUAACAAUUGAUCCUAAAUGGCAUAGUCGAUUUUUUCAAAAUCGUCGUAAAUUAUUAAAUGAUUUACAACAACAAUAUGGUGAUAUGUUAAUUAAAUUACCUGAACGUAAUACAAAUUCAGAUCAAGUUUUAUUACGUGGACCAAAAGAUAUAGUUGAACAAGUACGAAAACGUUUAGAAGAAUUAAUUGAUACAUGGGAAAAUACAAUAACAAAAGAAAUGAUUAUACCACAUCGUCAUCAUCGUUAUUUACUUGCACAAGGUGGUACAUAUAUUCAACCAAUACAAAAAGAAUAUAAUGUACAAAUUAAAUUUCCACCACGUGGAAAUAAUCAAAAAGAUGAACAAGAAACAACAACAACAACAACAACAACAACAACAACAAGUGAUGAUGAUGAUAAACAAAAAGAUAUUGUUCGUUUAAUAGGUCGUUCAGAUGAUAUUGAUAAAGCAAUGAAUGCAUUAGAAAAAAUGAUACCUAGUGAAAGUUCAGUUGAUAUACCAUAUGAAGCACAUGGUAUAUUAGUUGGUAAAAAUGGUAGUAAUUUACAAUUAUUAAUUAAAAAAUAUCCUGAUGUUCAUGUUACAUUUCCACCUGUUAAUUCAUCACAAAAUACAAUACAAUUAAAAGGUCAACGUGAACAAGUUGAAGGUAUUAAAAAUGAAUUAUUAGAAUCAUAUGAAAAAUAUCAAGCUGAUAAACAAGCACGUUCACAUGAAAUACAUUUUACAAUUAAACCUGAACAUCGUUCAUUAAUAUUUGGUUUUCGUGGUAAAACAAUAAAUAAUUUACGACAAAAAUAUGAUGUUAAAAUUGAUGUUAGUAAUAAUCAAUCAUCAACUAGUGUACCAACAUCAUCUAUAAUAGAUAAUAAUAAUGAACAACAAGAUGAUAAUUUAUCAUCAAAUGAAAUAAUACAAAAUUCAAAUUCAUUAUCUGAUGUUGAAAUUAUUUUAACUGGUUAUGAAGAUAAAAUAUUAGCAUGUCAAAAUGAAAUUUUACAAUUAAUUAAAGAUUUUGAAGCUAAAAUAACAAUGGAAAUUGAAAUUGAUCCACGUACACAUGCACGUAUAAUUGGUACUGGUGGACAAAAAUUACAACAAAUUAUGAAAGAAUAUAAUGUUGAAAUUAGAUUUCAAGCUAAUAAUCAAACUGAUAAAGUACAUGUUAUGGGUUUAGAUCAAGAAAAAAUUGAUGCUUGUAUUGAUCAUUUAUUAUUAUUAGAAGAAGAUUAUCUUCAAGAUCUUCCAUAUAGACCAACAACAAAUGUACAAAAUCAAAAUGAUUCAAUAUUAGGUCAACAAUCAUCAAAUAUUCAACAAGAUCGAUCAACAACUAAUAAUGUUAAAGUAAUCAAUGAAAAUAAAAAUAAAAAACAACAACGACAAGCAUCAUUUCAAGUUAAAAAUGCACCAUGGACUAAUGGAAAAGAAUAUGAUAAUGAAUAUGAACAAAAUAAUUAUUCACAACAACGUAAUGAACAUGAAAAUUCAAUGAAAACAUCAACUACUAUGGCACCUAAUCGAGAUGAUUUGGGCGAAUAUCCAUUGUUCAGUAAUGGUCUCACAUUAUCAACAGAUGAUAGUUCAUCACAAGUGCCACAAACAACAGUGAAUACAAUACCAGUUAUUUGGGGUCCUCAAAAACGAAAUAAAUAA